CUCAGUGACUGCACCACUGUCCUGACUUUGCCAUCUCUCUCUUCGUCUCCUUUCCUUUGCUCUCUCUCUCUCUCUCUCUCUCUCUCUCUCUCUCUCUCUCUCUCUCUUCAAUCUUCUUUCCUCUUCUUCGAUCGCCAGCCAGGCCAACCGCAGAUAUAACUCCUUCCGAUUCUCCCCUCCGUGGACUCCGCUUGAUUCGACAAAAGUAUAUGACCACUCGACGAUCACAAGAAGUAGCAGAUUGCUAGGAACUUGGUGUGUCCGGCCGUGCUCCAUUAUUUGAUCGUGGAAGAACACAGCUGCAACACCGUGGCUUUCCGUUUGCUUGAUCGUCUCCCAAUGCUGCGAAGGAACCUACCGAAUCUCUCCCUCCAGAUAAGCCCGCCGGCCGCUGCGGCAUCUGACGCACCGGCGACGUAUUCCGAAGGAAGCAGCGACGAGGUAGGGCUCUUCGCAAACCCUAGCUCCGGCGCGGAGCCCCCGCCGCCGGGCCUCAGCCUGGGGCUCGCCACGCCGGCGCGUGGCGACAACGACGACGCGACCGGACGUCGAGGUCACCUCCAGCCGCCGCAGGGAUGCGCGUUCAAGCGCGCGGCGGCCGGUUCUUCAUCCCUGCCCGCCGGAUCGAAAUCGAAGCGUAGCGCCCGGGCGCCGCGGAUGCGCUGGACCACCGCGCUCCACGCGCGCUUCGUGCACGCCGUCGGGCUCCUCGGCGGCCAUGAGAGAGCGACGCCGAAGUCGGUGCUGGAGCUGAUGAAUGUCAAGGAUCUAACGCUAGCACAUGUCAAGAGCCACCUCCAGAUGUACAGGACAGUGAAGAGCACAGACAGAUCGUUGCACAUAGCUACAGGCGAGGCGUUGCCGCCGGUGAAGAGGACUACGACGACGGCGACAGCGAAGGACGCUGCUGCGGCGGCGGCAGUGGCAGCAGCAGCAGGAGGAGGAGGUGGUGGUGGGGCCGCGGUAGCGGUACCGGUGUCCGCAUGUGACGACAUGGUUGGGAUCUGCAGCUCUCCUUCGGCGGGCUCUGCGCCGCCUGCUACGGCGACUACAAUUUCCGCUGCUCACUUCAUCUGUGCGCCAGCAGCAACUGCUCCACUGGCGGCGGCAGGAGCAGCAGCACCGUCACCUCCUCCACCCAUUCCCCCGAGGAGCAGGACUGACCACGCGCCAGCUGCAGUGCCGGAAAAAGGAGUUGCGAUUGCCGACUCGCUGUCGUUGCACCGGUGUCAGAAACACAAUUUCUCACCGGCAGUGCUUCAGGAUACCCAGCAGGCGGCUCAAGACGAAGAGGCAAAUAAUAAUAACGGUCAGCUGGCCACGGGACGGCUGCGCGGAAGUGUUGACCCCAUGGCUACAAACUGCUCGAGCCCAGCGAGCUCUUCUUCUCCCUCUCUUGCUAGCCUGGAGCAGCAGACGGCGGACGACAUGUGCGCGCCGAGCCUGGAGAUCUCCCUCGGGAGGCGGCACUGGAGCGCGGAGGAGCGUCCGGAAGGAGUUAGCCUAAAAUAAAUGUGACGAAUAAAGAGAAAAACCGAUCGGGGGUUUCGUACGCUGAGAGCUAACCAAUUGAUUGGUC